AUCCAUUCUGCAUCCCGUCAGCGCUCCGGAGAGACAGAAGAAGAGGGAGAUGCAAAAGACCAGCUAUAAGUGAGAGUCUGGACGAACUUUGAUGAAGACAGCACGAAAUAAGGAGCAGAGCCAAACACGGGGACUCUCUUACUUUUUUUAACGAGCGUUUCUACAAUCAGCAUCAUCAGCAUCUCUUUCACCUGCACUGCAUCUUAUAAAAGAAGAGGAAAAAUUGGAAGCUGGACCUGCAUUAAUACGGUAAGAUUGAAUCAUCUGGUGUAUCCUCACUAGUUUGUGUGAUGUAUGCGAGUUCAUGUGUGCGUGCAUGUGCCGGGGACAUCCUCUGUGGUGCAAUGAACCUGCAGCUGUUAUACAACAGGAGGUGGGAUAUACCACCUCACCCGAAGACGUGACAGAGAGGGGGAAGAAGACUCAAGGGGUCCUCAAAAAGAUAAAUCAUCUUUAAAAUAACAGUAAUACAGUAUCCUUCAUGAGAAUAUGUUAAUAUUAGUUUACUUUUAGAAUCAGCACAUUCUGAUAUGAUAGAACAGGCAGACAACAUACCAGACAGCACAAGCAUCCUAACCUUGUAACAUGCACAUUCCUCAGAUAGCCAAACUGUAAUCCAGAUAAACAGGCUCCCUCUGUUUAUUUAUUUGGAGAAUGCAUGGCUGUAUAAAAGGAGAACUGUUACGAGGCUUCCCUGUGAUUUAACAGGACACUCACAGGAGGGAAACCUCAGAUCGGAGCUCCCUAACCUAAUGUGGAAAUAAUAUGAGAAGAUUAAUCUGCAGCAUAAUAAAUCUCAAGGGCAACUUUUGCUCCUCAUGCACAGAAUAAGACAAAAAUGACUGCAUUAUCAGUAAUAGGGUGAAUUUUAAACACAGUGAAAAUGAGGCUACAAUAAUAAUGAAUUUAUUUUUAGACAUGGUGCUCUAUUUUUAGCUCUAUCAAAGUUUAAUGAAGGAGUCGUGCACCUUUGGUCCACACCAUCUCUUACUACGCAUUCAAGAUCCUAUGAGGAGUUUUGUGGUUUUUAAGAAAUGGACUGACAUUUAUUUUGAUCCCUUUAAUGAUAUUUGAAAGCAAACAAAAGCAUGUAGAAGACAAGCUAGGCAAAGACCGCUCUUAUCAUAGGGGGUGCCAAAAUUGAGGCAAACAAAAAGUCCCUCAUGGGAGCUUGAAGCACAUAUACUAGUUGUUAAUUUUUUAAAAACAUAGUGACGUCAGUGAUAUGAUCGUUCUCUUGUUGGAGUGUUAAAUGCAAUGUUUUAAAGUUUAUUUGAGUGAACAUUUUAGCAAUAAGUUAAUUGACUGACGUGUGGUUUAUUGGAAUGAUGUAAUCAGUAAACAUUGUGUGCAAACUGAACAUUUAAUCCUCAUACUCCUAUUAAAGCAUGAGUAAAACAGUUUGAUCCUCUUACCAUCACCAGGUUGUUUCCCCUCCUGUCACUGUCAGCCUAUGGCAGCUCCACAGCUGCUGCCACCUCGUAUUUAACACUCAGAUGAAGAUGUUAAUGACCCUCCAGAUCUAAAGUGCCUCCUCUUGUCUCUUUUCCAGGUUGUGUUUGUGUGACUCCUGAUCUGCCAUGAUCCUCAACGCCUCUGAUCUGGGCUGGGAUGAGUCCUCAGGUGCCGAACAGUUCUUCCCUCUGGAUCUGCUGGAUAGGUCCCCAAAGUACGAGGUCCCGCCCCUCACGGUGUGGGGCGUGGCUCUUUGUGUUUCAGGAACUCUCAUCGCUGCUGAAAAUGCAAUAGUCGUCACCACUAUCCUGGCCACCCCCUCCCUCCGCGCCCCCGUUUUUCUGCUGCUGGCAAGCCUCGGGCUGGCUGACCUUUUGGCGGGGGUUGCUCUGAUCCUGCAUUUCCUCUUCCUGUUCUGCGUAGAGCCAAGUGAUUGGUCAGAGCUGCUGACCUCAGGACUGCUGGUGACGUCUCUCACUGCCUCUCUCUGUAGCCUGAUGGGUGUUGCUUUGGACCGAUACCUGUCCUUAAGCCACGCCCUCACCUAUGGUUCAAGCCAAUCACGUCACAGAGCGGCAGUCCUCCUGCUGCUGGUCUGGUUGGGUGCGUGCAUCAUUGGGGCGGGGCCUGCGAUGGGGUGGCACUGUCUGGGAGAACCAAAGUCCUGUUCUGUAGCAAAACCUUUGACUCGGACUUACCUAUCCCUUCUCUGUGGUGGCUUCCUUGUGGUCGUCAUGGUAACCCUACAAUUGUACGCUGGGAUAUGCCGCGUAGCGAGGCGGCACGCCCACGCCAUCGCUACCCAGAGGCACUUCCUCCCUGCCAACCAAUCAUAUGCAAGCAAAAACAGCAGUGGGAGGGGCUUCUCUCGGCUGAUCCUGGUGCUCAGCGUGUUUGUGGGCUGCUGGAUGCCUUUCUCGCUCUGGGGGCUUCUGGGAGAUGCCUCAAGCCCUCCUCUGUACACCUAUGCCACCUUGGUGCCGGCGGCGGGGAGCUCACUGUUGAAUCCAAUCCUCUACAGUCUGAGACACAAAGACAUCCGCAAGGUGUUACUUCAGGCGUGCUGCCCCCACAGAUACACACAGAACACGCACAUCCACUACCCUGUGGAUGUGUAGACUGCCAAAUCUUGCCAACCUAACACACACAAUCUAUGCCAGACAUAUCACUGUUUGUGUGCCAAGAUACACACAGAGCUGCAUUGACUACGAUCCAGACCCAGAACAUCAAGUCCCACACUCACACACACUCCCACAUACACAAGCAGCAUUCCUCGUAGAGACGAAGGCCUCCCGCGAAUCAGAACGUCCUGAAACGUCCUGGCAGGCGGCCAUGUUGGGACUAAAUCAAAGCGUACUGUCUUAUGUGUACUUUGUGCCUCAUCCUCAGCCAAUUGUAGAUCCACUGGAUCCCCAAACUGAAACAAUCACAGGGACAAGACAUGCAUCCCCUGUUCUUGAGAGUGGAUUUAAAGACCCUAGGCACUUUAAUAUGUGAAGAGAUGAUGUUUUUCAAUGUAAACCUACCACAGUCUAGGAUGUAUGUGAUCCAAAGUCCAGAUUUAUUUACUUGAACCUCUAGAAAACACAACAUUCUAGACAUCUGAGAUUCUAUUUUGCACAUGCUAUUGAAGGCACUUUGAAAGGUACUGACCAUAUGUUCAUGUUGCACAGCCUUUUUUGAAAUGAAUGAAUUUUUUAUACAAAUGAAUAAUAAAUAUGCUUUUUUCUACUGAA